CCUGCUAUAGAGUCAAUACAACUACCAACAAUAACAUGAAAACUUCGCAAUCUUCAUGAAGCAGCUAAAGCUGAAAACGUGUUUUAACAACCAAUAAACAUCUCUCUCUUUUAUGGAUCAUAUGUACAGUCUCUUUUAUGGAUCAUAUGUUCUGUAAGCAAAUUCUAAUCUAGGUAUGCAUAUACGUCUAUGGAGUUUAUAUGUAGAUAAACAUAUACACACACUCUUAAGGAUCAAAAAUAUUCUGAAAGCAAUUUCUUUUGUUGGUACACAUAUAUUAAAAACAUACACACACUCUUUUGGAUCAAAUAUGUUUCUAAACGCAAUUAUGAAGGAGCUCAAAACCAGCACAUGUACAAAUUUGCAGCUUCCCCAAAGAAAAUGAUUUUUCAGAGAUUGGGAGAGCGUCAGACUGAAGAUCUGAAGGUCGCGUGUUCGAUCCACGCUCACCGCAUCUUUUAUUAAUGUUUUUUUCAUGAAACGACUUUUAGGCCCAUCCAUACGGAUAGUAAUUUAAUAUCUCGACAAGUUGUGACAAUCCUAAGAAAAUAUGGCCGAUCGGAUCUAAACAUUGCUUUGAGAUUGCUAAACAUCGUUAUAUAUUGCAACUUGAUAUAACUUUAACAACUUAACCAUUGACUUAACAAUUUAAAAUGUUGACUUUUGAAACAAAAGAAAUUAUGUAUCUAUAAAAGCUUAGAUCAUGAAUCUUGAUGAUAUUUCGUCUUUGUAACAUUAAUUAAAACGAAAUGGACCACACUGUUUCUUCUCUCCAAUGCUUCUUCUUAGUUUUAUGUCUAUCUCUACUUGUUUGUUCUAACUCGGAAGAUACUUCCAAAUCAAGAAAGAAACCUAUCCUGAUAAACUUUGGCGACUCCAACUCCGACACAGGAGGAGUUCUCGCCGGCGUUGGACUUCCGAUAGGACUCCCACAUGGCAUUACCUUCUUCCAUAAAGGCACUGGUCGUCUCGGCGACGGCCGACUCAUCCUUGACUUUUUCUGUGAACAUUUAAAGAUGCCAUACUUAAGUCCAUACUUGGACUCACUCUCGCCAAACUUCAAAAGAGGAGUCAACUUCGCUGUCUCCGGUGCCACCGCUCUUCCCAUGUUUUCCUUCCCACUCGCCGUUCAGAUUCGUCAAUAUGUCCGUUUCAAGAACCGUUCUCAAGAACUUACCUCUUCCGGGAGAAGAGAUCUUAUAGAUGAUAAUGGAUUUAAAAACGCAUUGUAUAUGAUCGAUAUCGGACAAAAUGAUCUUCUACAAGCUCUAUACGAUUCAAACUUAACAUACACAACCGUGGUAGAAAAGAUUCCUCCCAUGCUGCUUGAGAUUAAAAAGGCUAUACAGACCGUAUAUUUAUACGGAGGGAGAAAGUUUUGGGUACAUAACACAGGCCCAUUGGGUUGUGCACCAAAGGAGCUAGCUAUUAACCCGCACAAUGAGUCGGAUCUUGACCCGAUUGGUUGUUUUCGGGUUCACAACGACGUGGCAAAGACUUUUAAUAAAGGACUGUUUAGUCUAGUUAACGAAAUGAGAACACAACUCAAAGACGCUACCCUUGUCUACAUUGAUAUCUACUCUAUCAAGUACAAACUUUCAGCUGAUUCCAAACGAUACGGAUUUGUGGAUCCGUUGAUGGCUUGUUGCGGUUUUGGAGGAAGGCCUAACAACUACGAUCGUAAAGCCACGUGUGGUCAGCCAGGUUCAACAAUUUGUCGUGAUGUAACCAAAGCAGUUGUAUGGGAUGGGGUUCACUAUACCGAAGCUGCUAACCGGUUUGUCGUCGAUGCUAUUCUAUCAAACCGGUACACUUACCCAAAAAUUCCUCUUAGCCGAUUUUGGUAGAUCAAAAGGAAAUUGCUCAAUAAAACCGGGUUGGCUAUAAAAAUGUGUGCGCGUUGAUUAGUCCAUGGCCCAACUAUAUUGGUACAAAUCGCUAAUGAUUGCUCUCUGAAGUGAAUGUUGAGGUCAAAUUAAACCACCUUAACUCAGAGCAUCUCCAAAAAGAAACUCUAUUUUGAAGUUUCCAAAACUUUAUAUUUGAAGUUUCAAUGUGUUCUUCUCCAAAAGUAAAACUUCAAACCUAACUUCAAAAUUAUUUAUAUUUUACACUAUGAUCCUUAUAUUUGUCAUAGUUGAUGUAAAUUCAUAAAACUUCUAUAAUAACUAAUACAUAUAUAUAAAUAUUACAGAAAUAUUAAUUAAAAAAAUCUUACACUAAAAUAUAAAAUUAUAAAUAAAAGUACAUAAUUAAAUAUUAAACUGCAAGCAAAUAUUACAUUAUUGCAUAAAAUUAUUUCCAUAAUGCUCCCAUAUAUGAUCAACUAGUGCAUUUCGAAGUAAAAAAUGAUUCUCUUUAUUUUUUAUUUGUAGAUUACGAGCCAAAAAUUGUUGAAACCGGAUAUCCUCAUAAUAUGUCUGCUGAUAGUUUGAUAUCAUCAAACGAAAAAAUCCUUGAUCUUUUAAACGAAAGUACAACAAGAAGGGAAAAAUGUCAUGAGAUGAUUGAAUUACGACUGCAAAAUGAAGCAAAAAAGUUAGCUUUUAAAGAAAUAAAAGAGGAAAAUAAAAUAUUGCUAAAAAACUUAGCUUCUAUCGAUGAUGUUAAUAUUCGUGAAUACAUUCGAUCUGAACAAGAAAGAAUCAUAC